CUUAUUGUCGUAUCUAUUAUUUUAUUUUAUUUUAUUUUAUUUUAUCCCGAAUAUAAAAAAUAUUUUUGGAGCAGACAAAAUGGAUUCUAUCAACGAUAAAACGAUUGUUCAACAAUCUAGAGAGUCAUCCACUGUUGAUGAAGAGAUCAUCACUCAGCUUACUUUGGCAGGGUUAAAAGUAUUGAUGGUUCGAAAGCGCGAUCAGAUCAUCUAUAAAUUAUCAGAUAAUAUGCAAGUAUCCUCCAUAGGAGAAGAACAAAGACAACAGUUAAUAAAGGAAAUACAAACACUACAUCAAGCAACUAUGGAUGCUGCUCAACAACAACAACAAUAUACAAGUGAAGUAAAGCCUAUUGCACCUAAACAUGAUGCCCUUUCUUCACUAGAUACACCACCACAACCUACAGCAGCUGAGGCAGAUGCCAUUAAAGAAACAGCACGUAAAUUAAGAGAAGAAUUAGAACAACAACAACAACAACAACAUAUGAUGCGUACUGCUUCUUAUGAUAGUAGCAGUCCUAGUUCUCCACAAGACACUAACUGGAAAAUACUCUAA